CGAGCCUGACCCAAUGAGGGACUCUCCGACACACAACGCAGAAAUCGAACCGACCCCUUUGGCACUUGAAGCUGCCUGCCAGACUGAACUCAGUGGAAGCGAAAUUGACAACAUGCAAGCACGUAUCUCCAGCCUGGAAGAGGAGCUUAAAGAAACGAAGGCUUCAGCUUCAUCGGCGAGCUUUACCAAGGAGGCCUUGCAAGGCAAAGACGACAAGGUCACAUUUUACACUGGACUGCCAUCAUUUGUUAUGCUUAUGUCGCUGUUUGAGCUAGUUAAGAGCCACAUGUCGCACACAGGACGAAACUCGCUGACACAAUUUCAGGAAAUGGUAUUAUUUCUGAUGAGAUUGCGGCUUGGAUGCCAAUUCCAGGAUUUAGCGUUUCGCUUUGAUGUUUCGCUGUCAACAGCAUCAAGAAUUUUUGAUAAAUGGCUCGAUCUGUUCGUUGACAGAAUUGGACCCCUUGUUCGUUGGCCAGAGAAAGAACAAUUAAUGAAAACGAUGCCUGUGGCCUUUGUAGACAACUUUGGCCUCAAGGUUCGCGUCAUACUUGAUUGUUUCGAAGUCUUUAUUGACCGUCCGAGCUCUUACUUGCCUCGUGCUGAGACGUGGUCUCAUUAUAAGCAUCGCAACACAGUCAAGUUUCUGGUUGGAAUAUGUCCUCAGGGUGCCGUGUCUUUUCUGUCAAAGGCCCAUGGUGGGCGUGCCAGUGACAAACACAUCACUGAAGAAUGCGGAGUUCUUGAUCUUCUAGAGUAUGGUGAUGUAGUUCUUGCAGACCGAGGAUUUUUGAUUGCCGAGAGCGUUGGCAUGUGUCAUGCAACACUUGCUAUGCCAGCCUUCACUAAAGGGAAGCGUCAGCUUUCGAGUGAAGACGUCGAAAAAACUAGAGAAAUAGCAAACGUACGAAUACACGUAGAAAGAGUGAUCGGCAUGGUGAGAAACAAGUGCAACAUACUUAAGGGUUCAUUGCCAGUUGAAGUACUACGAGUCAAUGCGUAUGGGGAGUGUCAAAUUGACAAGAUUGCCCGCGUCUGCUGUGCCCUCACGAAUCUGUGUAAUUCGGUUGUGCCUUUUGAGUGACCUUA